AUGACUGUCAUUCGUACUCUCGAGGCCAAGGCCCACGCCAAAGAUGAGGCGCACAGGAAAAAGCUUGAGGAAGAGGUCGAGCGACGCAAGUCGCAGGAGCAGGACAGAAGUAAAGGCGAAAAUGUGUGGUUCUCUCGUCGGAUCAAAGACGGCCACUUAUACCACUGGGCGCUGUUUGUGUACGGCAAGAAAUACGAGCUGAGGCUUCCCUCGCGGCAAAGGUUCAAGAACCUGCCAAAGGGACAUUUUGUCGGGUCUCUGGUGCCGUCGAUUGGCUACGAGAGCAAGAUUGCGCCGUGGUCGAUGGAAGAGGAGAUGAUGCGGCUUCGACAGGAGAGCCUCGACAGGGAGGGCAAGCCGUAUGCUCAGGACUACUACAUCUGUCAGAUUGGCUGGACCAAGAUGUCGGAGAAGGCAGUUGAUGAGGAAUGCAAGGCCGCUCACAAAUCGUUUGGCGUAUAUGUCCUCGGCUUCAACGACUGUCAGAGUUUCUUGCGGCAGUUUGCAAAGCGCAUCAUCAAACAGCCUGAGGACUGCGCUCUCGAUUUCCCGUGGUUCGAAAAGAAUAUUCAAACGUCGUAUCACGAGUUACAGCUUAUUCCUGCAGAUGAAAAUAUCAAGGCGUUCCAGUUUUACAUGCGAACAGCCUUGUAUGGCACUACGGGUGCGACAGUCGGGGUCGCCGGAUCGACGUAUGAGCACCAAUAUCAACCGCAAGAGCCAAUGGUCAAGGCAAACAACAGCAAAGAGGGCGCAAAAGAAGGUGACGACGAUGACGGAUGCUGUGAUUGUGAUGGUGGUUGUUGCUAA